UCAUCUCUCACUGUCCGAAGCGCCGGUCGGCCGAGAGCCAUUAAAUCCUGCUCCGCCUAGGGAUUCUGGUCCUCCAACAUAUUCCUUCCAUUUCCUCCUCGAUUGCGAUCGGAUUCUGGGCUUCUAGGGUUUCGAUUUUGUUCAAGGGUUUUUGUAUUCGAUAUUGCCGUGGUUCCGGCGAAUUUUAGGAUUCCAUUGGUGGUUUGCUGGGUGGGGGGAGAGACUGAGCUAGGGCUCGUGGGAAUGUGACAAUGCCCGCCAUCGAAUACCAGGGAUCGUCGGCGCCGUACUCGUUGAUUGGCCGUUCGAUCUUGAGCAUACGGCGGGAUCAGGUCCACGCCAUGGACACCGGCCACCACUACGACGCCGGCCUGGACCAGGAGCUCGAUGCCUUCCAGCGCCGCGUCGCCGUGCUCUUCCAAGACCUCGCCGCCUCCGACGGCGGCGAUGAACUUCUGUCCAUCUCGUGGGUCCGGAAGCUCCUGGAUACCUUUCUUGGGUGCCAAGAGGAGUUCUGCGUCAUCCUCUUCAACCACCGCGCCGCUGUUGGCCGGCCGCCGCUCGACCGGAUGAUCGCCGACUUUUUCGAGCGCAGCGUCAAGGCACUCGACGUCUGCAACGCCAUCCGUGACGGGAUCGAUCAUUUCCGGCAAUGGAGGAAACAUUUAGAGAUCGUUCUUGUCGCGCUCGCCGACCCCCGGCAGCAACGGCGGGGGACCCUCGGGGAGGGCCAGCUCCGAAGGGCCCGGAAGUCCCUCACCGACCUCACCCUCCUCAUGCUCGACGAGAAGGACGCCGCCGGCUGCGUGCUCUCCAACCGUAACCGCUCCUUCGGCCGCAGCAGCGGCUCCUCCAGCCGCGACCACCAUCAGCACCACCGCUCAUCCGGUGGCCACUUCCGCUCCCUGUCCUGGAGCGUCUCCCGUUCAUGGUCCGCUGCCCGUCAGCUCCAGGCCAUCGCGGGCAACCUCGCCGCCCCCCGCGGGCACGAGGUCGUGGCCACCAGCGGUCUCGCAGUCGGUGUCUUCACCAUGAGCUCGGUGCUCCUCUUCGUGAUGUGGGCGCUUGUUGCCGCAAUCCCUUGCCAGGACCGUGGCCUUGGUAUCCACUUCUCCGUCCCCCGUAGCUACCCGUGGGCGGCCCCCAUCCUGUCGCUCCACGAGCGAAUCGUUGAGGAGUCCAAGAAGAAGGACCGGAAGAAUUCUAGCGGUCUAUUGAAGGAAAUCCAACAGAUUGAGAAGUGCACGCACCACCUGACGGAAUUGAUGGAUGCAAUCAAGUUUCCAGUGACGGAGGAGAAGGAAGCAGGGAUACGGCACUGGUUGGAGGAGCUGGCCCAGGUUUGCGAGUCCAUGAAGGGAGGGCUGGACCCCCUGGAACGCCAGGUGAGGGAGGUGUUCCAUAGGAUUGUACGCAGCCGAACUGAGGGGCUUGAUUGCUUGUCUCACAAUCCUGAGUGAAAUCCCUAGUUCGGGAUUCCUUCAGAAUGGGAUCAAGAUAUCACGUUUCUUGUUUCUGGAUUCCAUGGGGUGUGUUUAGUUGCUAGGCGGAGAGGGUGGCCAUCGAGGGAUAAGUGAUGGAAGAGACAGAUCAAAUGUCUCAGCACCCAAAUAAGUUAAUCAGGUAAUGCUUGUGUAUUUACCUCAAAUACGUUCUGUAGAAAAGAAGGAUUGGAUUGAAAUGUCUGUUACUGGUGGCGCCAUGUCUAGCUUUGCUGUCUUUCCUAUAUAAUUUUCCAUUGAUUUUCUGAGUUCUUGGAUCCUCCAUGAAAAUAGCCAAUUGCAGGACUGCUCUUUUACCUUGUAAAAAAUUGUACUUCAUGUCCUUGACAAAUUUUGUAUUGCAUGAGUUGUGUUGCGAAUCUUGCAUUUCAUUUUUU